UGAUUAUAAUUUUGUUUCUUGAAUCUUGUAAUAUACAUACAAAGGCCUUUUAUCAAUUUAGGAGUAAGAUGGGGUGAGGUGGUGAAAUAUUGGUGGGCUGGAAAUUGGGAGACCUAGAUGAUCACAGCCUUCUUGGGUCUGGGUUUCUCAAAAGGGGGUUCAGAAGGGGGAGGUAGACUAAAUGGUGAGGAUGACAGUAGCUACCAUUCAUUGAACAUCUGCAUCCUUUGAAAUGUGUCAUCUUAUUUGAUGCAUACAUUUAGUACCUAUCCAUCCAGUAGAUAGUAUUGCCCCUUUUAUAAAGUGGAAACUGAGAAUCAGAGUCGUCACUCAAAGACACACAGCUUAUAAGUAGCAAAGUGAGAAUUUGAAGCUAUACUAGAUUCCCUCGAGCCAUAAAGUCCUCUGAUUCUAUCCCAAACUUGUUUGAAUUAAUUUAAAUUAUUUUUAAGGUUUUCUGCCCCAGGUCUUAAGUAUUCAAGUUAAUUUCUUAAAUAUUAAGACUUCAAGUUAGUUUCUUAAGUAUUAAGAUAAUGUGGUGGCAUGUGAAACCAGAAGUGUAAGUGUAUUAUACUUUUAUUAAAAUAUUUUGCCCAUUUAAUAAUUCUCUGAGUCUUUUAAAUGAAACGCUUUCAUUAUUGAUAAGAUUCCUGCUCGUUACCAUUUUAUGAUUCUGGUCAUUUUGUUUUAUCUUCUAAUGAGGUGCUUAUUUCUAAAAUGUAUAUUUGAAGAUGAAGUGUUUUCCUUAAAGUAAUGCUUAUAUUCUUUAUUCCUUGGUCUAAUUUACAUGUACAAUAUAUGAAUAGGUAGUCAUGUGUCUGAAAUAACCCCCAAGCAAUAAUUUUACUAAAGUAGGGAAAAUCAUUCAGAAAUGACUAGUCCUGACUCUUGGAGUAGGACCAUCUGUACAGCCUCUCAGGUUGUGUUACUAAUUUCAAGGUAUAAUAAAUCAUCAUUGAUCAAGAUGUCUUCAGCACCUGAGCCUCCAACAUUCAAAAGAGAAGCACCCAAAGGGAAAGACUUUGAAAGCCCAGGGCUUAGAGGGGUGCGCACAACAACCUUAUUUCGUGCUGUGAAUCCAGAGCUCUUCAUUAAACCUAACAAACCUGUAAUGGCUUUUGGAUUGGUAACUCUUUCACUUUGCGUGGCAUAUAUUGGUUAUCUACAUGCAACACAAGGGAAUAAAAAGGACCUCUAUGAAGCUAUUGAUAGUGAGGGGCACAGUUACAUGAGGCGGAAAACAUCUAAAUGGGAUUAGUAAUGCUGGUUACUGCAGAUGGACCUUUUUUAAGGACUCUGAAAUCUUCAACUGAAAGACUGUGAGUGUGCAGUGUCAUGUUCCUUGUUCUAGAAUAUGCUAAUGAAGAGAGAAGAUAGCAAUUGCAACCAUACAACUGUCAUAAAUUUUGUCCUUUCACAGCUGCAGCCAUUAUCUCAUUCUUUUUUCACAGAGUGAGCUUCAUAAUAUUUUUCUUUCCUUAAAUCCUCUUAUAAAAGUGCCAUGAGAAUAGAAGUUGUUUUUGUUAAUUAUUAAAUUCUGUAUAAUGAAAGUACCAUGCUGUUAAAUUUGCAUGAUGUUUUAAAUAUUUUAAGUUAAUUACACUGGUGCAGCUGUCAUGAGAGUUUAGUUGUAUUUUGCUAUUUGCAAAAUAACCAUGUUCUUCCUGGCAUAGAACUUACAUUUUUAAAGAAAGAGAAAUAGAAAUUUUAAAGCCUGAAGUCAGUAUUAAAAAUAUGAGAUAUGAAAAACUGAGUUGGCUCUGACAAGUAGGUUUUAUAGUGUCACAAAUGGUUCAUAUAUUUCAGUUUCCAUUUUAGCUAUUUUUGGUCCAGAAUUUUAUUUUAAUUAAAAAGAUCCUUCCACUCAGCUACUAAAAUAAAGUUUAAAUAAAAUAAUAUCCCAGAGUAAUUGGAGUUUUUCUUUAAAAAAAAAAAAAAUAUGUUAUAAUGAGGUAUGAUGUUUUUGACCGCGACUAAAUAUUACCUGUUAUAAACAUAAAACCAAGUGUACUUACAGUUAAUUUAAAAACUAGAACUACUCAAUAGAUAAGGUCUCCUUAUUGCACCAGGUUUACCCUACAAAUUUUUUUUUUCUUUUGAGGUUUAUAUGCCAGCAGACCUUUUUGUUUUUUUCUUUUCAGAAUGUUUCUUAUUCUCUGAAGCAUUCUUUUAUGGAAGUGGGGACAGAAAUGAGGCUACAAAUGAGUCUAAACAAAGCCCAGCCCCAUAAUCAGCACCCACUGGAGGCAGGCAGUAGAAAGGCCUUGGCUGUCCUGACACCUGGCCCAGGGACCUAGGACAGAGGUCAAGGCUGGGCCCCUAUGUCUGGCCAGAUUCUGCCUUAUACAAUUCAAAUCUUUCUCACAAGGGUUCUGGACCUGUUUCAUUUCUAGAUGUAUAUCUAAUUCUCCAAAUCGUUGUAAUUGGGCCUCAGUAGUAAAUCUCACCUCUGAAGUUUUGCUUCAGUUGUUAUUAAUAUUACCAAGUAAUAAUAACAGCACAGCUAGAGUUUAUCAAUGCUUUUUUUAAUUUGUCAUACUUUAUUGUGGUUUUGCAAGGUACAUGAAAAUGUAGUUAUGUGUGAUUUGUAAAUAUUAAAGAACUUAACUAAUUGAAUUUGCAUGGAACUAAAUCAAAUCUUUACUACUGAGCCCCAAAUAUUUACAUAUUUAUUUGCUAUGCCUCUCUGUAUAAUGUACUUCAUAUAGUUUAAAAUGCACUUCAGUGAAACAAAAUGCCUUUUCAUUUAAAGAUUGUCUUUUGUUUUUGGUUUCCCUAUGUAUUUUGGUUGUCACAGAACUAGGGUUCUUCUGUUUUUAACUUAUGCAUUUAAUGUUACAUUGCUACCUUUUAGAAUUUUUAACUAUUCAACACAAUAAGUUGAUGUUUGGUGGCAGAGGAGGUAUUAGUUGCGUGAACUGUCAAAAGAUUGCAGGGCAGAAGGGAAGCAGAAACUGUACAAGGUACAGACUUAAGUCAUGUAACGUGUAUGUGAAUGAACCAAAGUAACUAGAGUCAGUCAAGGACAGAGCUGUGAAAAGUAGUGUGAGGAGAGAAUCAUAUUGAAUUUUAGGAACAAUUACCUAACUAUGAUACUUUUUACAGAGUGGCUACAAGUUGUAGGACAGUCUUUGUGUAUGCCAAGUGUCAAAGGCUGCCUGGCUAUGUGUUGAUAUUUUCAUCCUUUCUCUGUUGAAUUAGGGUAUAGCCAUCAAAAAUAAAACACCUUUAAA